AUGGCAUUUUUGCCCGGCACGGCGCUGCUCGCUUCUAAAGUGCCUCGCAAAAUCCUGUUCAUGUUCACGCUCUCGCUGUCCGUCACGUACCUCUUCUACAGUUUGAUGAGCUGCUACGACUCCCUGCGCGUCCCCGUGCUGGAGAACUACGCGUACCAGGCACCGGAGGUCACAACUUUGGCCACGCUGCGGGACAAACUUUAUUCCACCUCUUCCCCUUCGCCUUCCCGCGCGCACCCUGACCACCAGCUCGUAGCCACGAGUGUCACGGCGAAUGUGUUCACGGAGAAAUACGACGUCGAGACGUCCAUCACGGCGGGAUGGGAGCGAGCUCGGGCGGAGACGCCUGUUAGCAGGAGCGGCGCGGUGAAUGGGAACAGGAACAUGGAGCAUCCGGAGAGCAGCACCAUGGACAGAGGACUGGGGAGAGCCGCCAACUGCACCUCGGAUUACGGGGAGAAGAAAUUACCCCAGGCCAUUAUAAUCGGGGUGAAGAAAGGGGGCACGCGGGCUCUUCUCGAGGCGCUCCGGGUUCACCCGGAUGUGCGCGCGGUCGGAAACGAGCCGCACUUCUUCGACAGGAACUACGAGAAAGGACUGGACUGGUACAGGGACUUAAUGCCUUCGACGCUGGAGGGCCAGAUCACCAUGGAGAAAACACCCAGCUAUUUUGUGACGAACAGUGCUCCGAAGCGCAUCCACACAAUGGCGAAGGACAUCAAACUGAUCAUCGUGGUGCGCAACCCAGUGACCCGAGCCAUUUCAGACUACACACAGACGCUGUCCAAACGGCCCGAGAUCCCCACGUUCGAAGUCCUCGCUUUCAAGAACCGGACACUGGGUCUAAUCGACGCGUCAUGGAGCGCGCUGCGUAUCGGCAUCUAUGCGCUACACCUAGAAAACUGGCUCCAGUAUUUUCCCCUGUCACAGAUGCACUUUGUGAGUGGCGAGCGGCUCAUCACAGAUCCGGCCGGCGAAAUGACCAAGGUGCAGGACUUCCUGGGUCUCAAGCGCAUCGUCACCGACAAGCACUUCUACUUCAACAAGACCAAAGGCUUCCCCUGCCUGAAGAAGCCUGAGGACAGCAGCACCCCACGGUGCCUUGGCAAGUCCAAGGGCAGGACACACCCCAAAAUAGAGCCAGAUGUCAUCCGCAGACUGCACAAGUUCUACAAGCCCUUUAAUAAUAUGUUCUACCAAAUGACAGGGCAGAAUUUCCAGUGGGAGAUGGAGGAUGGAGGUGACUCCCCUGGCCCACGGGACUGA